CCCACCCACCCACUCAGGAAUUCAAUAAAAAAUGGGUCAUACUAGUUUGGAAAAAAUAAUUGCUCUGCAGAGCAAAACUGCCAACAUCCGAAAUAUUUGUAUCGUAGCUCAUGUGGACCAUGGUAAGACCACUAUAGCUGACAGCCUUAUUGCUAGCAAUGGGAUCAUUUCUAAACGACUUUCAGGAAAGCUGCGGUACAUGGAUAGCCGGCAAGAUGAGCAGAUCAGAGGAAUCACAAUGAAGUCGAGCUCUAUAUCAUUGUAUUUCGCUAAAGAUAACCAGGAGUACCUGAUCAAUAUGAUAGACUCUCCUGGCCAUGUGGAUUUUUCUUCUGAAGUAUCGACUGCUGUACGAGUAUGUGAUGGUGCCAUUGUGGUAGUAGAUGUUGUUGAAGGUGUCUGUCCUCAAACACAGGCCGUCUUACGCCAGACUUGGUUGGAGAACAUCCGUCCAGUAUUAGUCAUCAACAAAAUGGAUAGAUUAAUAACAGAGUUAAAGUUGACUCCAUCUGAAGCUUAUACCCAAUUGCAGAAUUUGGAACAGAUAAAUGCAGUCACUGGGAGUCUUUUUACAUCAAAAGUACUAGAAGAGAGAGCAGAAAAGGAUGUCAAAAUGCUGUCUGAUUCCAACUCCAUGAACAGUAAGCAGGUUUAUGACUGGAGUACUGGCCUGGAAGAAACCGAUGAUUCGCACCUUUAUUUCUCCCCUGACCAGGGUAAUGUGGUAUUUGCUAGUGCCAUAGAUGGAUGGGGCUUCAGCAUUGAACAGUUUGCCCAGAUGUACAGCCAGAAAAUCGGUAUCAAUGCCGAAGUUUUACUGAAGACUCUCUGGGGUGACUAUUAUUUGAAUUCAAAGGCAAAGAAGAUAAUGAAAGGAGCCCAGGGAAAAGGAAAAAAAACUCUCUUUGUACAGUUUGUACUAGAAAACAUUUGGAGUCUUUAUGAGGCUGUGCUUAUCAGAAGGGACAAAGAGAAGAUUACUAAAAUCAUAACCUCUCUGGGUCUAACGAUUCUGCCUCGUGAUUCACGCCAUAGCGAUCCGAAAGUACAUCUCAAUGCCAUUUGUAGUCAAUGGCUACCUGUCUCCAAUGCUGUGCUGUCAAUGGUGUGUGACAAACUCCCUAGUCCCUUGGAUAUUGCAGCAGAGCGGAUUGAGAAGCUCAUGUGCGUUCGAGCCCAAAAGUUUGAUUCACUGCCUGCACAAACCCAAGCUCUCAAGCAAGCAUUUAUUGAAUGCAAGAGCGAUGAAACUGCCCCAGUUAUCGUAUUUGUGUGCAAAAUGUUUGCUGUUGAUUCAAAAGCUUUGCCUCACAACAAGCAGAGACCUUUGACUCAAGAAGAGAUAGCCGAUCGGCAACAACAGGCCCGACGUCGACAUGCAGAGAAACUUGCGAAUCAAGAGCAGAAGCUUGCACAGAGCCUUUCUGGGAAUACUUCCUCAACCAGUACAGAGAACAAAGAGUCUCAGCUGACCAACCAGGUGGAGCACAUGAGUCUGAACUCUGAAGGACGAGAGGCAGAAGACAAAGAACACUUCAUCGCCUUUGCCAGGGUCUACAGCGGAACAGUUCGCAGAGGACAGAAAAUUUUUGUUCUAGGACCAAAGUAUGACCCUUCAGAAGCUUUAGCCAAGAUACCUGAAAAUGCUUCACCCGUUGAUGAUCUUCAGUCUAUCCCGCACAUGACUUGCUGUACAUUGGAAGACCUAUACCUGCUAAUGGGCAGAGAAUUGGAGAAGCUAGAGGAAGUACCCGUGGGCAAUGUGCUAGGAAUUGGAGGCCUGCAAGAUUAUGUCUUAAAAUCUGCCACACUCUCAACGUCCCCCGCUUGCCCUCCUUUUACACCUUUGAACUUUGAAGCCACUCCGAUUGUACGGGUGGCUGUGGAACCCAAACAUCCAAGUGAAAUGCUGCAGUUGGUGAGAGGAAUGAGGCUGCUUAAUCAGGCUGACCCGUGUGUGGAGGUUCUAGUUCAGGAGACUGGAGAGCAUGUGCUAGUCACGGCUGGGGAGGUGCACCUCCAGCGUUGUUUGGAUGAUCUCAGAGAAAGAUUUGCAAAGAUUGAAAUCAGUGUGUCCGAACCAAUUGUUCCAUUCAGAGAAAUAAUCGUUCGGCCACCAAAGGUGGAUAUGGUAAACGAAAAUAUGGGAACUCAGCAAAAGGUUGCUGUUAUACAUCAGAAGAAAGAGGAGCAGAAUAAAUAUCCUGAAGGUGUCCACGUGGAUUCUGACGGACUUGUGACCAUUAAUACACCCAAUAAAUUGUCCACUCUCAGUGUGAGAGCCAUGCCACUUCCUGAGGAAGUGACACAGCUUCUUGAAAAAAGUAGUGACUUGAUUCGUACAAUAGAGCUUUUCAACUUGUCGGUGAAGGAAGGAAAACAGGCCCUGGAAAUUAAUGGGAAAACUCUUGACGCUAUAAGAGAAUUUAAGCAAAAGCUGAAGGAGAAUUUUGUAGGGAGGAAAUGGAGAAAUACUGUGAACCAAAUUUGGUCCUUUGGACCACGCCGUUGUGGUCCAAAUAUUUUAUUAAAUAGAUUAGAAACCUACCACAGACCAUCUUUAUGGCAGUGUCUUGACACAACUACUGAGGAUGCAGGAAUAUACAAAGAUUUUGACAAAAGUAUUAUCAGUGGAUUUCAAUUAGCUACUCUUUCAGGUCCUGUGUGCGAAGAACCUCUCAUGGGUGUCUGUUUCAUAUUGGAAAAGUGGGACAUGAGUAAACUACAACAACUUGUUUACACAAAUAGCCAGUUUUCCACACAGUUAGACACAAUAGAGGAGACUCCACAGCCAAAACAAGAUAAAACCACAAAAGAAAAUAUUCUUUCUGAAUUGAAACCUACAUUGGAAAUUAGAGAUGAACGGACUCAGGGAGAUCAAACUCCAGCUGAGACUGCAACACAUGCUAUAUGUAACUCUCAGGCGGUGGUUGCAGAUUGCUACGGUCCUUUUUCUGGUCAACUCAUUGCCACAAUGAAAGAAGCUUGCCGUUUUGCUUUCCAGGCAAAGCCUCAACGACUAAUGGCAGCGAUGUACACGUGUGAAAUUAUGGCUACUGCAGAAGUAUUAGGUCGGGUCUAUGGGGUGCUUUCGAAGCGUGUUGGCCGAGUAUUACAGGAAGAGAUGAAGGAGGGGACAGAAAUGUUCAUUAUCAAUGCAGUUCUGCCAGUAGCAGAGAGCUUCGGCUUUGCUGAUGAGAUCAGGAAGCGGACAAGUGGUCUAGCCAGCCCACAGCUGGUGUUCAGUCACUGGGAGGUAAUUCCCAGUGAUCCCUUUUGGGUCCCUACAACAGAAGAAGAAUAUUUGCAUUUUGGAGAGAAGGCAGAUACAGUUAACCAGGCACGCAAAUACAUGAAUGCAGUGAGGAAACGGAAAGGAUUAUAUGUGGAAGAGAAAAUUGUUGAACAUGCGGAGAAGCAAAGAACACUCAGUAAAAAUAAAUAAUUGCUUCAGACUAUAAACAGUUCCAAGAAUACUUAUUCGUGUGUGAAGAAUGUAAAAAGUUUGGAGAUUUGAAUCAAAAAAUGUGCAUAAUUGGUAGUUUUCAAGAGAUCUAAUUUGGUUAAGUAUAAUUGCAUUUAGUUCAAAUCAAACCUAUUCUGGUGUGUAGUAUAUGUUAAGCAUAGGCCAACCAGGGUCAUAAUCUGGCUAAAAUGUAGAAUUAUGUAUGAUUUACUUUUAAUCAAUGAAAUAUGCUACAGUUAUUUCAAACUGAAAUGACUGUAGUUGAUGAACACAUUUUUACAGCACACUGCUCAGUUUAUAGCUUGCUUUUGCCGCUGAUCUGACAUAGUUUGGAUUAACUCUUAAGAAAUCAUCAUUUCGGCAAUUUGAAGCAACAGUCCUUUAAUCAUACCUAUUCCUGUUUAGAGAUUACAAGUAUGCAUCAAUUUAGACAAUCAAAAAUGAAAAAUUCAAGAAUGUAUCACUUACAAACUCUCUACAGGCGAGUUGUACUCAAUAAGUGGCCAGGGUGACAUUAAACGAGUUGCACCAUUUGCCCCUGGGCUCCACUUAGAACUGACUUGCUGUGAAACAGUAUUUUCAACAAGCUCGGCUUCGGUAAUGCUCCCUCUCCUUUUCUUGCUUUCUCACAAGAGAAUCCUAUUCCGAGAUAAGGCUAUCCCAGUUUCCAUAAAAUAAGUAAAAAUUCCCUAUUAAAAUAUUUUUUGCCCACAAAAUAUACAGUCAAUUGACUUUACAAUAUAUUCAGUGAAGUGCUUUGAUACGUCUCGAAGAUGUGAUAAGUCACUCUAUCAAAUGCAAGGAUUAUUAUUAUCAUUUACUAGAACUAUUGGCCCUUUAUUUUAUUGUUCCUGUGGGCUAGUAUCUGGCUAUCACUUGGCAGUUGUCCACAGUGGCGUGAUUAAAAUCAAGAGCUUGCUGUGUGCAGAAUCACAGUCCAGCAUCUGUCAUUCUGUGUACAACAUGUUAAAGCAUGCCCAAGCCUGGCCCUCAACCAGACAUUGUCUGGGACUGUAGGACCAGUGUUGCUGCUGAGGACGAGGCUAAUACCGAGUUAUAAUAAAAGAAGAUAAAGUAAAAAUUGUUUGUUUCAGAAAAAAAGUUCCAAAAUAAAAGAAAUUU